AUGCAUUUUUGGUUACUUUUUCUAAUACUUGGCGUUGUGACAUUUUCAACAGCAUUGAGACAACAAGCUGUUGCGGUCAAAGGUAAACUAUUGUGUGGUAAUGCUCCUGCACGAAAUGUUCGAGUGAAACUUUGGGAAGAAGAUUCCGGGCCUGAUCCGGAUGACCUUCUAGCUCAGGGAUAUACUGAUGAUCAAGGUAUGUUUAUGCUGAAAGGUGAUACUGCUGAAUUAACUACAAUUGAUCCAGUAUUUAAAGUAUACCAUGAUUGCGAUGAUAAUCUAAAGCUGGGACAACGAAAAUUAAAAUUUAAAAUUCCAUCCAGUUAUAUUAGCGAAGGUAAAACAGCUAAGAAAGUGUUUGAUAUUGGUGUCUUAAAUUUGGAAACUAUAUUUCCGGAUGAGGAACGCGAAAUGAUUCCUACAUAA